CAAUAGCCAUCAUCCAUGUCUUGCAUUUCUGACAAUCAAUUGCAGAUAGGACUGGUGGUUGAUUUAACAAACACUGACCGUUACUAUCCAGAAUCAGAUUGGACCAGUCAUGAUAUUCGACAUGUUAAGAUUCGAUGCCCGGGACAGGACUCUAUACCUGAUGCUGAAUCUGUAGAUAGAUUUGUUUCUGAGAUCGUGCAAUUUACGUCUCAAGACUCUCAAGCAAGCAAGUAUGCUGUUGUCCACUGCACUCAUGGUCACAACCGAACAGGAUAUAUGAUUGUACAUUUUCUCGUACGUAAUCAGUCAGUUAGUGUUAGUGAGGCAAUAGCAAUAUUUUCCCGAGCACGCCCUCCUGGAAUUUACAGACAGAAGUAUGUUGAAGCAUUAUAUGACUUUUAUUUGCAAGCAAAGCCUGAACCUCUCGUUUGUCCCCAAACUCCAGAAUGGAAGAGAGAUGCUGAUCAAGAUAAUGAUGCUGUUGCUCCUUCUUCUGUAAGUAGCUCCUUUGAGAUUAUUUGGCGAACAAUUGCUGCUUUGAUAUAUCAGAAAAUUCUCACGGGUUCAACCCUGGAGCAAUUAGUGCACUAUUAUUGAAUUGGUGAAAGAUCA